AUGAAACUACUUACAUUUUGUAUUGUAACCGCCUUGUUUGGCGUUGCGAGUACACGGAGCUUUUACAACGAAGCGUACAACCCCUGCCUCCACAAGAAACGAUGUGGAUUGGGUAUCUGUGAACCUUCGAAAGACUUAAAGUAUGUUUUUAUCUAAUUUUGAAAGUUUUUGAAGUUUGUUGUUUAUAGUGUACUUGUGGACUUCGUAUGUUACAACACUGACACUAUUUUUAAUUUGAAUUACUAUACAAAAUUUUAUCGUGUUUUGAUAUGCCCAGAGGAUUAAUAUUAUCACUUUCAGGACAUUUACUUGCCGUUGUCAAUACGGAUUUACUGGUCAAUUCUGCGAAUCAAAACUAGCUCCAUCAUGCGAACAACGUGCUGCGCUGUGCAAGAACAAUGGAAUAUGCCACGAUACUUUGAAUGGGAUCACUUGUGAAUGCCCAAAGGGAACCUACGGAAGACGAUGUGAGAUUCUGGAUGAGAAGGCGGAACCAAAUUGGUGGAUUCCAAGUAUCGAGAACAUUAGUGAUGUGAUUGGCAAUGUGCCAAAGGGUUACAAAAGACUUGGCUAUGUUGAAGUCAACAAAGUGACAACCUUGAAAGAGUUAAAGCAACAGCUGAAGGACGUGUCUCAGGAGAUUGGAAAGUACAGAGAUGUAAAGGUAGAGGUUGUUACUUUGCCUGAUGGAACCACGUCUUUUUAUGAUGUUAUCUACCACACCAAUGCUACAAAGGGUAAGAUUUACGUUUUAUAAUUGUUGAUAUUAAGCUACAUAUUUACAUAACCUUUGAAUAAACUUCAACUACUACUAAAAUUAUUGUGAUUUGGUGUCAAAUUAUAUUGUAAUUGACUUUAGAUGACGUUACGACCGAAUGGAAAGCCUUGCUGGUAGCUACAGUGAAAGAAAACAACUACAGUUUGACCCUGGACGAUGUGAUUGCCAUGAUGAUUGAUCCUGUCUUCCCAAGUCACUUCGAGCCCCAGGAGUUGAGAGCAGAACAGAAGCCUAAAGAAGGUUCUAUUAGCUAUGGCAUCCUUGUCUUGCUUUGUCUAGCUGUUUCGAUUGCCCUGUUUGUUGGCUUACUGUAUGCUUCAAGUCAAGGUGCAAAAUAUAAAUAUGGCACUAUCAAGAGAGAAAACAACAACGAGAAUAGCCAGGUUAGUCUUGAAGUUUUAUUAAUAUUUCGUACCUGAUUUUUAAAAGUUUUAAAAAUCAAUACUUUUUAAAUUGAAAUAUAUAUACUAAUUUUUUAAAGAAAUCUAAUUGUUUACUUUUUUUAUUCGACAUUUUUCAGGUUACAUUGGAAAGUGGAACAGUAAAAAUCGCAACAAAUGAAAAACGAGUAUUUGAGUCAUAUGUACAUCAGUUGUGCAACAACUUCACGCUGGACCCAAGUGCCAACGAGUUUUAA